AUGGCAGAUGUAGUGGAGAAAGAAGCUUCAUUCAAAUCCAUAUUCUUCGGUAGAAUCAAUCGAUUACUUUCCAUCAUGCAAGAAAAUUUCUCUGAAUUAGGGUUGAAAAGAGAAGAUUGCAUUGAAAUGAGUUGGAUAGAGUCUACAUUAUACUUUGCAGGAUUCCCAAGAGGUGAAUCUAUUGAUGUCUUGCUAAGCAGGGCUCAACUCCCGACACGUUACUUCAAGGCAAAAUUAGACUAUGUAUAUCAGCCAAUCCCGGAGGGAAGUCUUGAAGGAAUCUGCAGAUUGUUCUUUGAAGAUGAAGCUGAAUCAGCACAAGUGAUAUUGAAUCCAUAUGGUGGGAGGAUGGAUGAGAUUGCAUCAUAUUCUAUUCCUUUCCCUCAUAGAGCUGGGAAUUUAUACGAAAUCCAACAUUUAGUCUAUUGGGAUGAAGAAGGAGAAGAAGUAGCUGAAAGGCAUAUAAGGUGGAUAAAAAGGCUUUAUUCCUACAUGACUCCUUUUGUUUCUAUGUUUCCAAGAGCUGCUUAUAUCAACUAUAGGGAUCUUGAUAUUGGUGUGAAUAACAUCAAGGGAUAUACAAUCUAUGUGCAACCUAAGGUUUGGGGGAUUAAGUAUUUCCAGACUAAUUUCGAUAGAUUGGUUCAUGUGAAGACUAAGGUGGAUCCUUCAAACUUCUUUAGGAAUGAACAAAGCAUUCCUUCACUUUGUGAAAAACAAAGGUGAAAGGAGUUCUGGCGGAAAGAGGCAUCAUUAUACAAAAAUUAAUAAGAAAGAA